CCGACAUACUAUGACGUAUCAAUGACGUCACAACAUAAAACUCGGGUGUAAACAUGUAACCAUCCUAUGAGGGAUAGUUACUUGCUGUAGUAUGUCAGUGCAUCCUUUUCUAACACGCGGAAAGGAACAAAUGGGCCAAAUGGCUGUCUUUUUUUCCAUAAAUAAAUAAUAAAUAAUAAACAUGUUUUUUCCUAUUUUCUAAUGAUUCCUGUGAUUUUUUGUGAUUGUAUAAUUUAGGAAUAGUUAUCUAUGAAUCUGUUUAGUGCCUAAUGAUGGAUGCCAUUACAAUAUUAAUCAAUAAUAUCCCUGUGGCUCUACAGGACAAUCAAAAUAUCGUUAAUCAGUUAAAAACUGAUGACGACUUUUUAUUGGACUAUGUUUGCAGAGCUGUUCAAUGCCAAAGAAUACCCUUUUGUAGCAUCGAGGAUUUACCAACCUUGACCAUUACAAGAUUUACUGACAGCACAAUUGCUAAUAUUCCAGGCCCAUCAUCUGCAGAUUCGACAAAAGCAACACAACCAUUAUACACAGCUUCUUCAAAUGUAAUAGAUCAUGGCAGUUUAAUCAAUAAUCAACCCUCCUCAUAACCCUCAGAUAAAGUAGCUCCGGCUCCGGUAAGUCACAAUAAAAAGCAAGUUUGGGUCACUAAAGGCAAGCCAAGUCAAGAUGACAAAGAAGCAACAUAUCAGAUGCUGCAUUUGCUGCAACUGAGAGCAUCAGACAAAUUUGUGAAAAAAAUUAAUGAUAAAUCAUCAGUUAAGUUAGAACUUUGGAAGGAAAUCGCAAAUACUCUUUUAGAAUUAGGAUUCGAUGUGGAUGCUCGAAGUUGCAGGCAAAAGUUUUCCAAUCUUUAUACUAAAUACAUUAAAUUUAAGCAACAUGUCAAAACCACAGGAGAAGGAAAAAGGGAGCCCCCAGAAUUCUAUAUUAUUAUGGACCAGAUACUAGGAGAAAAAGAUAAGGUCAAUUUGCAAUAUGUCCCUGACACACUUGACCCUGUUGAGGUCAUUUAUACUUGCGAUUCUGAUGAUGAAAAUGUUUCCCCAGAAAUAGAAUUAAAUACAAGUAUGAGAGAUCAUCAGCCUCAGAAGAAACAUUCAAAUAAGUCACAACCUAGUUCUCAACCUAGCACAAGUAAAAAUGGGGUAUUAGCUAAUAAUGAUAAAGAAAAAUCAUCAGAAAAAUCCACACAAAAAAGACAUACCACAACAAAAACAGAGAUAUUGAAUACAAUUACGGUAAAUCAAAAUGAACAGAGACAACAGCAAGAAUCUCAAUUCACUCAAAUAAUGAGUGUCCUAUCAGAACAAAACAAAUUACUGCAGCAACAAAAUUCCCAAAGGCAAGAAUUUCUGACAGUGAUGAAAGAUUUUCUGAAGCCAAAAAAAAAAGAGAAAACGUAGUCAAAGUGAGUCUGACAGUGAUUAAAAAUUGUGAUAAAAUCUUUACAGUCGUUGCAACAUGUUCUUUUAACUUUAAAAGCGACUUUGGAAGCUGUUACUUCUGAAAAUUUGUAUUGAGCAUAUUUUUUUUUUUAAACUGACAGAUUUUGAAAGUGCUUUCAAAUUUAAAAGAGGAUGUUACAGACAGCUGUUAGUUGUUAAUGGAUAAGUUGAGACUUAAUUUGUACAGAAGCGCAGAGAGAUCACCAAUCCCAAUUUUUUUUUUAUUCCGACUUUCAACUAAAAAUUCUGACUUGGUCAGAAUUCCAGGUUAUAAGUCA